AUGUCCGCACCCAUCCAAGCGCGCACAACCUAUCGCGCCAUCCUCCGCGAACUCCCACGCCGCAGCUUCAAAACCCCCUCCCCGCUCCACGAAAACCUCCGCGCGAUUUUCCGCUCAGCACCAGCGACGUCAACAUUGCAGCCAAAGUCGCAAUCCGACGUCCUCCCCUUCUCAACCCCCAAAACAGACGAAGAACGCACUCUCCGCCUCCAAGAAGCAGAGCAGCUCGCUCAGUAUGCCCGCGCACAGCGUGUCUACUGUGAGCUUCUAGAGCGCUAUAACCCUGGCAUGAGUAUGGAUGAGGAAGAGAAGAUUCGUCUUACGGCUAGACGGGUUGGAUUUGAUUUGCCUGAGUUGCAUACUCCUGAGGGGAAGGAGUAG